GAUUACCACGUCAACAAUUUAUUCGCCGUCGCCAUCUUCCGCCGCUCUUCUCUGACGACCUCCUAUGAUACCCGAAACCGACUCAAGUAAUCCACCAUGACCACAGCAUCGCCCAGAAAGUGGGCUUGGGCACAGGACUUCCUGUCAAUUGCCAUAGCCUCCUUUGCCGCAUACUGGGUGGCGCGGUCUCUGAUCAACCGCCUCGACCCGGAAGGUGCCACUAAAGCAGAAGCACAGCAGAAAGCCGACGCUGCGCGUAAAAAGCUCGAAGGCAUCCUAACCUCUCGGCGCUCCAGACGGGGAAGCGACGCGUCUACUGAAGAGACGUCUUCGUCGAGGCCGUGGGGCCAUGACAGACCCGCGCUUCAAGACCUACAACUGAGCAGCUAUGAGCAGACGAUUGCGAUGGAAGUCGUUGCCCCAGAGGAUAUACCCGUGAGCUUCGAAGAUAUCGGUGGACUGGAUAACAUCAUUGAGGAGUUGAAAGAAAGUGUGAUAUACCCCCUUACCAUGCCACAUCUGUACGCUUCAUCAUCGAGUUUGCUUGCCGCCCCGAGCGGCGUGCUUUUGUACGGCCCUCCUGGAUGUGGAAAGACGAUGAUGGCAAAAGCGUUGGCGCACGAAAGUGGUGCAUGCUUCAUCAACUUGCACAUCAGCACCAUUACCGAGAAGUGGUAUGGCGACAGCAAUAAGCUUGUCAACGCCGUGUUCUCGCUGGCGAGAAAGCUGCAGCCAACCAUCGUGUUUAUCGAUGAGAUCGACGCUGUGCUGGGUCAGAGACGCAGCGGUGAGCACGAAGCAAGUGGAAUGGUCAAAGCCGAGUUCAUGACCCACUGGGAUGGUCUGGCUUCUUCGAACUCGUCGGGCACACCCCAGCGAAUAUGCAUCCUAGGUGCCACUAACCGCAUCCAAGACAUCGACGAAGCCAUUCUCCGUCGCAUGCCGAAGAAGUUCCCAGUCUCUUUGCCGAACGCGCACCAACGGCGCGGUAUCUUCAAGCUUAUCCUGCGGGACACAAAGAUCGAUAGACAGAACUUCGACUUGGAUCAGCUUGUCAAGCUGAGUGCUGGAAUGAGCGGCAGCGACAUCAAGGAGGCGUGUAGAGAUGCGGCCAUGGGUCCCGUAAGAGAAUACAUUCAAGAGAUGAAGAGGCAGGGGCGAUUAGGUGCAAGAGUAGACCCAAAGGAUGUUCGCGGCGUGAGGACCAGUGACUUUUUCGGCCGCGCUGGCAGCGUAAACGCACAGUAUGCUACUUUUGAGAAGUCAGCGGAUGUGCAGAAAAGAGAGCGAGCAGCUUCACGAAGUCAGACGGAGAGCGUGGGUGUUGCUAGCGACGACGACGGGUACGAAACAAUCAGCGAGGAGAGCGACAAAGAGGAUGAAAGGCCGCGGAGCAGCUCUAGAAGAGAAAGAGAGUUUGAAAGGGACAAUGGGCCAGACUAGACAAAGUUUUGAUGGUUGGCAAAACGUUGGGUCUGGUUUGUACAAUCUUUCCGAUGGCUUUGUCCCGCGAGCAAACUUCUUUCGCAUUGACGGCGUCCUGUAAUAAAGCUGGAUUGCAUGAAUGGGCCUCAGCAACACGCUGGAGGUGACUGGGUCAAUUUACGAUAGAAACGUUCUCCACUACUGCCGCAGUGUUAUAUUCUCCAAGAUUCAAGGCAUGCGUUCUAUCUCCUCGCCGGUGUAUUCUCAAUUUUUCGGAGUGGAGGUUAUAUACGCUUCGCUAACUCAAGCAUAGGACCAUGCAUUUGCACCUUUUUCUCUGCUCUUGUUCUUCAUGGCCUUUGGAAUUUUGUGCUUGUGUGAAGACCGCAAGACACGAAAGUCGAUGGAUGAGGGACCGCAGCGUCAUACUGUCGAAUUAAGUCACUUUGACUCUCCAAAAAUUUGUCCUGUGAGCAUCUUGCAUUUCAGUCGUCGGUUGUUCUCUAGCACCGCGCGAUCGCCCGACGUGCUUCCCUCACUCAGUCUAAAGCUUCUUGUUCAAUACUUGCGUUCCGGAGAUGAUAUCCAUGCUGCGGUCCUGGCUAAAGAUGAA